CUAAAUUUAAGGUAAGACCAAAAAAUAAUGAGUUAAAUAAAAAGGUCCAAACAACUUUUAUAUGUAGAUUUUUUUAACACUCCUUACCUUUUAAUAGUAUUGAUUCUUCUAGACAGUUUUUUUAUGUAUAACUUUAAUUUUUUUCCUUUAUUACAUACAUUAUUCAAAUGUUUUAACAUUAUAUAUAAUUUAAUUAAUACAAAAGAUUUGGUAUUAGAUUGUUCAUACUUUUAAUCUGUAUAGUAUGGGUAGCAUCAGUUUAUAUAACGUGGUGUACAAUUUAAAAGUUCAGCUCAGAGAUGAUAUCCACAUAUACAAUUCAUAUGAUGAACAAAAUUGUAACCAAUGAAUAUUUUCUUUAUUUCAAAAUAAUAUUUUGAAAAUGAAAUAUCGAGCUAGCUGCCUAGCUACAUUCCCCAAACAUUCAUUAGGUUUAGAAAAUCCAAAGAGUAAAUAAUUGGGGGUUAGAACGGUUACAUUACGUGUAUAUACAAUAUCCAUUGGGGGCAAUGCCUUAGGUACACAUACAAAUUAUAAUAAAAAUAGCACAAGAGGAGAAAAAUCCUCAAAAUAGCAUUAAUUAAAGGUUAAAAUAACUAAAUUACUCUUAACCUUAAACCCCCAUCUCACCUCCUAAUUAUGAAACAUUAAUCAUUAAAACUUCCAAAUAUAUAUUAAUUUUUAAUUUUAUUUAUUAAUAUUUUUUUCUUUUUUCUUUUCUUUUCUUUUUAUGUGCUACUUUUAGAACAAAAGAGUUUUAGUGAUAUUGUAGGGUAUUUCUCUAUCCAUGGUUAUCAUAAAAGUUGAAAUCAGUAACAUAUGUUAGAAACCAUAGAACUUCUGAUAUUUUUAUUGGACUAACAUAUACAUGAAUUAUCGGCCAAGAUUAUAACUCUAGACUAGAUUUAAUGAACGGCAUACACCACGAUAUGCUGUGUUUGUGAUAAAAGAGUUAAUGUUCGUCAAGAAAUAGUUUUUUCUUUACACUUUAGACGGUCUCCAUCAAGAGCUGGUGGAUGGUAAUAGAGGUUGACAUCCAUCCCUCUCUCUCAAAAUCUUGCUUGAGCCCUCUUAUCCGCCUUUCAUUUCUCCGAAGCUUUUGCAUAAAAGUAUCAUCUUGGUUGAGGUUAAAGGACACUGAGAGACUAUGAUUGAUGACAUAGAGAGAGAGAGAUAAAAGUAUAGAUUAUUAGGACACGGUUGUCUACUUUUUAUUCUUGCUCUCUUUCUCCUCCUUCUUCAUCAUCAUCUGAUUUUCUUUAUUUAACCUUACUCUCUUUUCUCUUUUCCUAUCUUCUCUCUCUUUCUUAACUUUCUCUUGGGAUUCGAUCUCUUUCCGGUGGCUAUUCCCGAUGAUAACUGUCAAAUCUUCUCCAUUUGCACAACCUCUCCUUUAGGGUUAGCUAUCUCCCUCUCUAUCUCUCUCUAGCUCUAACUUUAUAGUGUAUUUCAUGAAGUGGUCGAUCUUUGCUAGUACAAGAGGAAGAUUCAGUAGAAUCUAACUCACACUCGGAUCUUUUUAAAGGUUUGAGUUGAAUCUGGCUGUAUUCGAGCUUGCUAAGGUUAAUCUCAAUACCUACCGAGAUCGAAAAUAAAAAUUAAAGGAUGAAUUCCUUUUCACAUGUACCUCCUGGAUUCAGAUUUCAUCCAACCGAUGAAGAACUUGUAGACUACUACCUAAGGAAAAAGGUUGCAUCAAAGAGAAUAGAAAUCGAUUUCAUCAAAGACGUUGAUCUCUACAAGAUUGAGCCAUGGGAUCUUCAAGAGUUAUGCAAAAUAGGAAACGAAGAGCAAAGUGAAUGGUACUUCUUUAGCCAUAAAGACAAGAAGUAUCCCACGGGAACUCGAACCAAUAGAGCGACAAAAGCAGGAUUCUGGAAAGCCACUGGAAGAGACAAGUCUAUAUAUUUAAGACAUGGUCUUAUCGGUAUGAGGAAGACACUCGUGUUUUACAAAGGAAGAGCCCCAAAUGGACAGAAAUCGGAUUGGAUCAUGCACGAGUAUCGAUUAGAAACAAAUGAAAAUGGAACCCCUCAGGAAGAAGGCUGGGCAGUGUGUAGGGUUUUCAAGAAGAGAUUGGCGGCAACAAUGAGGAAAAUGGGCGAUUACGAUUCUUCGCCUUCUCAUUGGUUCGACGACCAGCUCUCUUUCAUGGCCUCCGAGCUCGAUUCCAAUCCCCCAAGUAGGACUCUUCACAAUCAUCAUCAUUAUAACCACCACAAUCACCAGCAGACAUUGCCUUAUGGCCUCGAUGCGUCUUCAGCUUAUACACUCAACAACAACCCUAACUUGCAGUGCAAGCAAGAGCUGGAGCUACAUUACAAUCACAUGGUACAACAUGAACAACAAAAUCAUCAUCUUCAUGAAUCUAUUUUCCUCCAGCUUCCUCAGCUUGAGAGCCCUAACAGUAAUUGCAACUCGCUACCUUAUGGAUCAAGCAACAAUGGUAAUAACACAAGAAAUAUUGGUGACUUGCAGCAAUCAUCAAAUCUCACUCAUGAGGAACACCUGCAACAAGGGAGUCAAAGUUUUAGAUCUGUUUGUUACGAUCAAGGUGACCAAGUGAGUACGGAUUGGAGAGUUCUUGAUAAGUUCGUUGCUUCACAGCUAAGCGAGGAAGUUGCAGCCGCAGCUUCUGCUUCUGCUCAUCAAAAUAACAACAAGAUGGACGCAAGAAACACUGAUUAUCAAGUGCAUCAGGGAAUGAAUCUGCUGGAGAAUGAUUCGGAAAGGGUUGUCGAUAUGGGAGAAGAGCAUGCAAAUGCUCAUGCUGGGUUUGAUUCUUCGAGUUGUCAGAUUGAUCUCUGGAAAUAGUGAUCAAAAAUAAGAAGAUGCAAGAUGAAUACACGUGAAAUAUACAUGCACACUAGUGCUGUGAAGAUGAUGAUGGUGGAGACCGGUUAAAAAUAAGUUGGAAGGAGAAAUAACAUGGAGUUAUUUCCCCGAUUUAUAGAGGUUUUGUACAUAAUAAAAACCUAAAUAAUAUGGUAUUUUCUCUCGAUGAUUCUUGCUUCAGUAUUGUAUUAUAUGUAUAUGAUAUAUGCACGCGUGAAUAUAUGUAUGCAGGCAUAUAUAUAUGCAUCUAUAUUUUAUCUAUGUUUGUAUGGAUCAUGAAUGUAUAUCCAUCCUUAAAUUUGUAUAAUAACCAUAUGAGUAAUGGUUUAAAUGUGAAACCAGUCCUUGAGGAAAGGAUAACUAAAGAAAAAACUCUAUAAAUUAAUAAACUUGAGACUAUAAUAAUGAUGUGAAUCCAGAAAGAAUAUUAGAAAAGUUUUGAUACUCCUAUCUAUUCACAAUUGGAUUACUAGUUACAUGUGCAUUACAAAGCCAAAUCAAAGAGAUAGUUAAGUCUUUCAAUUUAUUCGACAUUGCCAACCCAUUUCCUUAAUUAGAAAAGAAAAUAAAAAGCGCACAAGAACGUAUUUGAGAUAGACAUUUCUAACUUAUGAAAUAUAUAUAAGCCACACUGAGUUUAAUUUGAAUUAAUUACACAUUCUUAUAAAUUUUACCCAAAAUAUUCAUAACUAAUUUACCAACUGAGUUUAUUUUGGUUGGACUUACCACAUUUCAAUUGUUGUUGAUGAGAAACAACUUGCAAGAAGCUUGAGAGAGGGAAACCCAGAUAAUAUUAUGUAUGUAAAUGAGUGUGAAAGAUAAGUAAAGAUGCAUGGCUUAAAAAACCUCAAAGAAGUUGUAAAAUUUUCUGUGCUUAUGACAUGUUGGAUCGAGAAUAUACAUAUAGAGAGAGGGAUACAAGCCGCCGAAACAGGAAAAUAACAAAAUCAUGCUUUGUCCAAAACAAAACAAAAGCAUGCUUUGUCAUAAGGAAUUUUUAAUUAUUAUGUUUAAUUCAAGGGAGGCAGAAAAGACAAUAUAUAAAAUGUAACAUCAUUUUUUCCUCGAAGUCAUUAGCUAUUAGAAAAGACAAUAUCUUAAACAUAAUUUGAAAGAUCACAUAUCAUAUAAGUAAUACUUUUGACCAUUUUGCAGGGCAAUUUAUACAUGUAUUUGGAUUCAAACCUCAAGGCUCAAACUAUAUUUGUCAGAUUUAAUAUACCGAAUUUGAGUUUUUUCGACCAUCACAUGUAUUUGCAUUUGCAGUUAGCUAGGAGAGACAUAUUAUGUAUUACGAGUUUUAUUAUGAUUACAUGAAUAAAUUAUACAAGUUCAUCUCUUUUGUUGAGAAUAUUAAUUAUACUUUAUUUUUGAUAAAAUGUUUGUGUGAAAAGAACAACAGACUAUAUUUUCCUCAAUAACCAAUACAUACGAUUAAUAUUGCAUACAAAAAUCAGUGAUUAGUAAAUUCAUUUCAUUUUAAUUUUGUGAAGGAACAUCAUGAUUUGGGCGUGCUCUUUGGGAUUGACACACAACAGUCCUGGUCCAAGGGAAACCAUCGUAUACCAUUGACCUUUUUUAUGGCUAUAACAGUAAAACAAAAAAAAAAAUAAGAAGAAUAGAAAAAUGAAUCGGUAUGUUUUAUUCUAUGAGUAAUGAAUCAUUUAUAUAUGAAUACAAUAAUUUGGAGAUAAAGUCUUAACUUAAAAAAUAAGUAAGGUUUGGGAAACAAAAAUAUCUAGGAUAUUCUAUUCAUAACACAAUGAGGUGUUGUCAAAAAAAAAAAAAAAA